AUGAAUAAUAAUGAUCAAUCAAACCAUUGCCAUCAUCUCUUCUGGCUACUUUUUUUCGUAGCGAAUGCUACCUGCAUUAAUGGUCUUGUGAACAAUGAAAGUACAAAUUCAACAUCAGUAUUCUUUCGAUGGUCUGGAGGAUUUGGUCGAAAUUUUCAAGAAACUCGUUGUGCUACCGAUCAAUCAUCAGAAGAUCCUUCUAAUAAUCUUCCUGAUGUCUA